AUGGCUGUUAUAGAGACCGUCAAAGAAGCCAUUGGCCUCGGCCAUUCAGAUGCAGCACCAUCUCCCGCUUCGCGUGAGGCAAUGUCAGAAGCAAAACUACCCCUAGCAUAUCGAGAUAGCUGUGCCGGUCUCCUGAUCCCUCUCAAUAAGUGCCGCCAUGACACCUUUUUCGCCAUCUGGAAAUGCGAGAACGAACGACACACUUAUGAAAAAUGCCAAUACGAGGAAUUCAAGAAAAGAGUGGCCAGAAUGAAGGAAUUGCGCGCUGCGAAAGCCUCCGAAUCCAAUGCUGUGGCCUGA